GUGCGUUGCAACUGGCGAGUUAUAUAAGCGGAUUAAGCCCGCAAGUGCAUUGAUUUUCCGCGGGCCAUGGCGCGUCUCAUCGAGAGCAAUAUCCCUCCCGAUUUUCUCUUGGCCAACUGCCUAAGUGGUUUCGCAUUGGGGUAUAUUACUUGGUCAACAGUGAUGGGAAAUAGAUACUAGGUACUUUCAUUAAUAAUACAGCUUCUAUUUAUAUUUACCCUAAAAUGGUUUCUUCUUUUUCAUUGAAAAUUAUGAUUAAAUGUAAUAUGUGCAUGUACAAUUGCAUAGUUAAAGUUAAUCAAUUUUUACAAGUACUAUGUAAAUGUACCUUGUACCGUACCUAGGUAAACAAAACAAAAUAGUACCCUUCCCAUCACUGUUGCCCGGUGACGUCUCUGGUUUAUAAAUAGUGAUGAUGUCCGUUUAGUGACCUGAGGAUGAGCGAUGCAGAUCGUCUGGUGGCGAAGCUGCGCCAGGUGCCAGUCCGUCUGCCCACAGAGGCGGAGGUGCGCCGGCUAUGUCGCUCCUUAAGCGACUUGCUCACCGCAGAGGCGAACCUGCUGACUUUGCAGAGUCCACAGAUCGUGUGCGGGGACAUCCACGGUCAGUUCGAGGACCUUCUGCACCUUCUAGAGUUGGGCGGACCAGUCUCCCAGCACCGUUACUUGUUUCUCGGCGACCUUGUGGACCGGGGCAAGAACAGCGUGGAAACCUUUCUGCUGCUGGCUGCGCUCAAGGUACAGAAUCCUGGGCAGGUGAGCCUGCUGAGAGGCAACCACGAGUGCCGCAGUGCCACGCGAUCCUACGGAUGCUACGAGGAGUGCCUGGCCAAGUACGGUUCCCCGAACGUCUGGAGGAUGUUCUGCCGCGUAUUUGAUCUCCUGCCACUGGCGGCGACUAUUGAUGGAUCGGUUUUCUGUGUGCACGGAGGCCUGUCGCCGGAAAUCCAACAGCUGGAUCAGCUGCACCGGCUGGAUCGCUGCCAAGAAAUCCCCGACAGCGGCUGCAUGGCAGAUCUACUCUGGAGCGAUCCCCAGGAGACAGCUGGAUGGACGGCAUCGCCUCGGGGCCACGGUCAGCUUUUUGGCGGCGAUGUGGUAGCCGAGUUCAGUAGGCGGAACGGCUUAUCUCUGAUAUGCCGGGCCCAUCAGCUGGUCCAGGAGGGCUAUCGCUGGCACUUUGGCCACCAGCUGGUGACCAUCUGGUCGGCGCCCAACUAUUGCUAUCGAUGCGGCAAUAAGGCGGCCCUUAUGCGUCUGCAUUCGGGCGCGGAUUUCGCCUUCGAGGUGUUCGAAGCGCAGGCUCUGCACACCAAGCCGCAGCCGAGGAGACCCAAGAAGCGGUGUCGCCAGUUUUUCCUGUGACGCAAUCUCCAAUCCAAUCGAAUCUCAAGAAAAAAAAAUCAAAACCAAAGACAAUGUCAAGUUCAACACAGCAAAGCAGAGAGGCAAUCAGCUGUUGUGGCUAGUCAGAAACCCACCCACUCUUAAAUUAUAACUCUAUCAUUCCACUAUUUCUCUUAAUCAAUAAAAUGCAAACUCACAAUCAGUAAA